GUCCACUUGUAGCUUGCUCCGAUUGGCUUCUUACUGUCAGCCUCGCAGGGCAAGGCGUCCAGGCGUCAUCGAGCUGUCGGAACUUCAACAGCUUUGGCAGAAGUGAUCGCGCAUCAUGCCUGCGAGACGUCGGGCGGCAGAGCCUGCAGAGACAUCCACACCCAAAGCCCGACAGUCCAGACUUGCGAAAGAGAACAAGAUAACUGGCGAGGAGGAAAAUGAAAUCAAGGAGGCCUUUGAGCUCUUUUCCAUCAAACAUAAGGGCGAGAAGGACGGAGUAAUACCAAUUGAUGAUGUGCGACGAGCUAUGUCAGCCUUAGACAUUCCACCCGAUCCUGAAGAGCUGGAGGAGUUCAUAUCUAUUCUCGACCCCGAAGAGGAAGGAUUUGCUGUCUACAGCUCCUUCGUUGCAAUCUGCGCCUUAAAGUUUCACAAGCGAAGUAGGACGUCAGACUCCCAUGGACAGGAAGUAGAGGAUGCUUUCAGAUUAUUCACAGCCGAGAGCGGCGAGGAUAGGAUCACUCUCGGGACACUGAAGAGAGUUGCGAAAGCGCUGAAGGAGGAUGUGGAUGAGGAUGUGCUGCGAGACAUGAUUCUGGAAGCUAAUAAAGGGGUAGGAGUGGGAAAAGGAGUGGAUAAAGAAGACUUUGAGGGGAUCAUGAGAAAGGCCGGCGUCUGGAGAUGAAGAAUACUGAAGGGCGAGACCUUUUUCGGCAGCGUGCAUUCACGUCUUGAAUGUUCCAAAAAUGGUGGACUUUCAAAGUGACAUAUGGGACGGACAAUUGAGGUAAGACUUGCUCGUUGGUUCGGCGGAUAUUGGGUUCCUAACUUUGGAUUUCGGCAUAUUUGC